ACGGACCACUCCCCAAGGGAGCGGUGGAGCGGGGUGGUGGAGGAGGAGGUAAUGGUGGGGGUGUAGGAGGGAACCACGUCGGAAGCUCCCACAGGAGGUCGAUGGUCUCCACGUACAGCAUGGAGAAGGCUCCGCAGAGGGAGGAGGCAAAGCAAACGUACCUGGAAUGGAUGAAAGACUUGAAGAAUCGAGGAGGAUUGGGCAAGGUGCGGACUUUCUUGUUUGGACGUCAAGGAGCAGAGCGCCCUCUAGAGGACAAAGAAGACCUAGACGAAGAUAAAGAUGACAUACACUAUAUUGAUGUCAAACUCUCCCACAUGAAACAUCCCCCUCCGACUCUUCCACCGCAACCAGAGGGGCUCUCCCUGGAACAGAUCGGGAGGAGACACGUGGUGCAAGCUAUUGUGGACAGUGAGAGGAAUUAUAUGAUGUCCCUCCAAAGGCUAGUCCAGGCCUACGAGAAGCCCCUGCUUGAGAGUGAGCCCCCAUUGUUGGAGAAGGAGAAGGUGAAAACGAUCUUCUAUCGCGUGAGGGGCAUCUACCAAUGUCAUCUAAUGUUCCAGAUCGCCCUCGCUAGUCGAAUAAAGGAAUGGGACAACAUCGAACAGAUCGGCGAUGUCUUUGUAGCAUCGUUCUCCAAGGCCAUGGUCCUGGAGGUGUACAGCGCGUACGUCAAUAACUUCACACAUGCCAUGGAGACAGUGAAGAAGACAGCCUCACAGAAACCAGCUUUCAGGGAAUUCAUUGAGAGUCGUCAGCAAUCCAGCAGUGACCGUCUGAGUCUGUACGGUCUCAUGUUAAAACCAGUUCAGCGGUUCCCACAAUUCAUCUGUCUUCUACAGGAUCUGUUGAAGAGGACACACCAAGGGCACCCAGACAGGAUGCCCCUGCAGCUGGCUCUCACCAAACUGGAGACCCUAGCUAGUGUCCUCAACGAGAGGAAGAAACAGAGUGAGCAGAGACAUGCCGUCAAGCAGCUCAUCAAGAACCUCAACGUAAAGUUCUCCUCAAAGAUGUCCUCAGAGAGGAAUCGAUGGCUCAUCAGGCAAGAUGACAUGCUCCAAACAGUUAUCGUCAAACCACGAAGCCACAGAGCGUCGGAUCAAGCUUACGAUGGUCAAGGAGAGGAGCUGAAAUGCAAGGAGAGACGUCUCUUCAUGCUCAACGAUCUACUCGUAUGCACUACAGUACUCAACAAUGGCCAGCCAUCCUCCCCAGGAUCAAUGGACAUGCCCAGAUUUAAACACAGAUGGAGCGUUCCAUUGACCGAGGUAGAGGUGAUCAACCCAACGAUAGAAGGGACGGAUAUCGAGAUGUCUUCAGAGCCUGGCAAACUCAAGAUCACAACACAACACAUGGAUGAACAUGAAUACCUGUACGGUGGUUCCACAAGGCAGCUCUACCAGGAAAGGAAUGACCUCCUCCAUGACCUUGCCGUCGUCAAGCAGCUAGGAGCACUGCUGGGUACCCUCAAGGGUACGUAUGGUGUCCUCACAAGAGAUGAUAUUGAUGAAUGGAGUGAGAUUAUCAAUAAACUCAUCACAAAGAAAGGACAAGAAAUCAAGCAGGCAGAUGUCAGUAAAAUACAGAUCUCGCUUCCUUCAGUUCAGAUGGAGCAGAGAGUGACACUCGUCUUUGAUGCUGUUAGCGCUAAGAUCAAACUGGAUUGGAUCACAGCUCUAGAGACCGCUAAACUAGGAAUGAAGCCUCACAACAAUCCUGGUUGGUAUGCACCAGACGAGGGCGACACAACCCACGCGGAGAUGAACUUUGGCGUGCCCCUCAUCAUGAAAGCUCUUCCCGUCUUCCCUACACGACAGCAAGCUAAGUUCCAGUGUUCAGUACUGUGCCCGUUAGAGCAACCAGGCCACCGUAGCCGACGGAAAGGUAUGCUACAGAACGAGGGCGCCAGAAACUGUCUCUGGGUUUGCAACUCGGACCAGAAGACCUGUCACGUCAGUCUGGUUGGGUUCAUGCCCCCCUCUCCGCAGCUCCUAGAGACGUUUGAGACCACUGAGGGGCGUGUCAUGUGCAUGGAGUGCGUUCCGGGGUGGAACGGGCCAGGACCGAUGGGUGGGUACCUCAACAGGAGGGAGAGCGAGAGGAAGAGUGACUACUGCUUCACCAGGCAUACCGUGUGGAUGGGCACUGAGACAGGAAGGGUGUUGAUCUACAGAAUAAACCAGUCUGACAAAUGUGAGCCCCUUGCUACCUUCAAGGCCAGCCAUCCCAUCUCAGCUAUUCAGUACCUCAACAACAGAGUCUUUAUGUCUCUAUCCAACGGCUCAGUACUCAUCUAUGUCAGGACACACGAAGGAGAAUGGAAAGUAAAGGAGCCUAGAGUAUCUCAGCUGGGCGAGGGCGCUGCAACAUGUCUGCUCCCUGUCCGUAAUGAUAUGUGGUGUGGAUGUGAGAACAAGGUUCAUCUCAUAGACACAGAGAGUGAAUUUAAACAGGUCAGCUUUUCUGCCCACGACCCUCACAUGGUGAUUGAUAAGAUGGUGGUCGCAGGAGUAGGCGUCUGGGUCUCGUUCGCUGAAUGUGACAGCAUACGUCUCUUCCACACAGAGACUAUGGAGCUACUACAAGACAUCAGUGUAGGCAGUCCCAUAGGUCGCAUGGUUGCAAGCGUGACGCCCAGGGCUCAAUCCAGCCUCCACAUGACUACCCCUGUCCACGUCACCACCCUCCUAGCCUGCUACGGUUCCCUCUGGGUGGGUACCAACACCGGUAUCCUGGUCAACUUCCCCCUGCCACGCCUAGAGGGGGUUCCCCUGGUCAACGGCCCCGCCAUGGUGUCGUACCACACCCAUAAGGGCCCAGUCAGGAUGCUGAUAGCCAUGGAGCUCAAUAGGACCAAUGAUAGGGUGCUGUUCUCGUCGAGGGAGGAAGAUGAAGAAAGUGAUGCAUCACGAUCUUUGUCAGACCUCAGCACUCCUUCAAGCCGCCUCAAGUCCGGCAGCCAAACCGCUGACCUUGUCAACAACGCCAUGUCACCCAUGACUGACUACCUCAACCUCACGUUCAACAGCGAGCGCAGCAACCCGUCAACAACCACCAACGCCGACCACUCCACCACGACUACCACGACCACCACCAACGGUAUAUCCACCACUGUCACACGUUGCCAUGAAUCGAAGGAGGAUGCCGAUGGGGUCAGGCCGGGGAGGCUGGGCUCGACCAGUGAGGUCGAAGUCUCGGCCAACGUCACAAGUACGACGUCGAUGGUCAUCAGCGGAGGGGAGGGGCAUGACUACCUAAUGAGGCUCGGGGAGAACGUAUCCAAGGAAGCCAAGCUUCUGAUGUGGCAGGUGUCCAAUUAACCCCAAUGUUUUUACCACCUUUGUUGUCUAGUUUUCCUGUCCCUAUGUCCCGUCUGGGCCAUCUUGGAAAUAUAUAACAAAAAGCUAAUAACAGUUUGAUUUGACUAAACCAAAGUUAGAACAAGGUUAUAGUACAGAGUAAAACAACAAGGGAAAUAUAAGAUAAGGAUAUUAGAAUAUACUUUGUUUCUUUGUCUGGUGUGUUUGGGUAUAUUUUAACAAAACAAGGGAGCUAUAUAAAGAGAAUACUAGUAUAUAUAUUUUUUUUUCCUUGGUGUUUAGGUUAGUUGGUUUAAGAAAGUUUUCUCUUUGUCAGGUAGAAAAUAUCAUACUGCGCCUUUGGUUGGAAGUAGCAGGCAUUUGCAACAUCUUCUCCAGAGUCGAUCAUUUCUCAUCAGUGUUGUAAUCACUCUAGAAUUUGCUAGGAUAUGAAUAUUACAUCCCAAAGGAAUGAAAAAUUGUCAAAGUUUGGAUAUUAUCACCAAAGUUAUCUACUUACCCCUCAUGGUAAAAUGAUAAAACCAUAAAUACAAGUGUCAUAUUGACAUGGGUAAUAUACCUAUUUAUUGUGACAUAUGAUAAUUUUUCUGAAAUAUGCAUGACGUGUUAUACAUUUUUAGCUCAACAGCUCAUAUUAAUGCUUUGAGAAAGCAUUAGUGUUAUAUUAGAAUAUCAUUGAAGUCCUUAUUGUUUAGAAAUAUAUGGACAUAAUGCUAAAGGCAAAAUAAUUGAAUAUGCCAGUAUGGACAUUUAUAUCUUACAGAAUGUACAAAAGUCUGUUUGGAUGCCUCCAUGGAUCGAAAAAUAAUGCUUAUUGAUCUGGGAAGUUUGUAAUGUGGAAUGCAAGUAGAAUGGUACUAAAAGAACAUUUAAAUUUAUACCUACGGGUACUUGUAUAGGUGAUCAUGACAAGCCUAACAUGCUGGAAUUUAAGAUAUUUUUGGUAUUUCAAUGGCAGUUUCCUUCUUGCAAAGGGCAAGAAACUGAAAGAAAUCUCCUUGUAUGUUGAAAUGAUGAGCUGAUCAUUUUAAGUAAAUGUUUCCAUAAAUCUCCCAUUUUCAGUAUUGACAUGUCUUAUCCCUUUUACUCCAGGUUUACAUAUGCAUGUUUUCAUAAAAAGUCAGUACUAGUAUUAAAUGAAGAUUGAAGUGGUAUUGUAAACAGAGUCAGAGAUAUUGGAUGAAAACAAGUCUUCUUGAGCCACUAUUCCCCGCCCUUGCAGCUAACUGUUGGACAAAACCUGUAGGGUGCAUCACGAAUGCAUUGGCAUUCAAUUCACUUAAGUUGAGUUUGCAACACUAUGUAUUCAAUUAAACUGAAUGUGAUAAUUGAUGCAAGGAUGUAUUCAUUCAAAAAACAACUGUACAGUAUCCACUGGUAAAGGCUAAAAUCACCUCUUUUUCCCCCUUUUUGAUAUCUAAACUGAACCACGUCUUUCUCUAUGGAAAAAGAGGAUGGACAUGACUCAACUAAAUUUGUAUAAGUAUAUUUCUAUUUUCUUUUUCUUUAUUGCUUUUUCUUCAUCCAACUCCCUCUGCCUGUCUCUCUCUCUCUCUCUCUCUCUCUCUAUCUCUCUCUAUCUCUCUCUAUCUCUCUAUGUUUCUCUCUCUUUCUCUCUCUCCUUUGUCACAUAAUAAAACUUAGAAAUAGCAUAUAUGUAGUUCUUAAAAUCAGUAUCGGUGGGGCUUUGACAUUUUUCUUGAUGAAAAAACGGGAGGAAACAAUCAAAAACGUUAAAAUAUGAAAUUAUUGUGCCGGUCACAGUAUGUGUAUACCAAAGAACUAUCAUUGCACGAUUCUUAAUUAGAAUAUCUAGUAUUUCUUGUAUAUUAGCCUUUACAAAAAUGAACAAUAUAGCUGUAGACCAGUUUUGAAUAUUCCACCUGUACUAAGUAGUCAGAACUUUACUGUUUUUUAGAAAAAAUUAUUGUCUUCAUGAAUUAACGAAGUUGAAGUGACGUUUGCAAUAUCGAUAAUCUAACGAGAUAUGAAGCAAUGCAAAUAGCUUUGUAAUAUUCCAACAAAAGAGAUGAUCGAAAACUUGUGUAAUCAAGUAUAAAAUAGAUAAUGAUUCAACGUGCAUGCAAUUUUCGUGUAUAGUAACUUACUUACAGUAUUCUUGCAUGUUAUUCAAUGAAACACUUUGCUUAUUAACGCACUGGUUCAAAACCCUCCUUUUGGACGAUCGUUUUACCAAUUCUACACUUCAUGGAUUUGUUUAAACGAAUGAAAUUUGAUAUUUGCUAUGGUUUUAUGUGUAUGCAUUCCCUGUACAUGCUGACAAAUAUUGAAUUUUGUUUUACAAUUGUCAAUUUUAUUAUCGUAAAUGCUUAUUCAAAUUAGUUAUAUCAGGCUCGUGUCGAUAUAAUUGCAAUUCUUGGCAUGCGUAAGAGAUGAAAUACUGAAUUAUUGUAAAAUGGUUGAAUAACUUUUAUGUAUUUCUUGCUUUUGCCUGCUUGUAUGUUUUAUAAAUUUAUGCCGCUUACAAAAUGUACAUAUAUAUGGUUUUAAAAAAAGAAGAAGCUUAUCUUGGAAUAUUUUUAAGCCAUGCUUACAAGAAAUUUGUUUUGUUCAAUAAGAACAACUUUUCCUAGAUUUCAGAGAUCUACAUGUACAUGUAAUGAAAUAUCAAUUACCAAAUUGUGUUGCCUGGCAUUAGAAUGAUGUGCAAAUUAUAUGUUAAACUGCAGUGCAAGUAUUUUAUUCUGAAUUGAAAAAAUGAAGAAGAAUCGCUGUGAAAGACGAAUACAGAAAUUAUCUUCAGCUAUUCAAUAUUGUUCUGUAUUUUGUUAAACAGUAUGUCAUUCAAUGUUAGUGAUUUGUUUUCAAAGUAAUCAUGAAAUUGGACACACAAAUUAAAAAUGAGAGGCAAAGAAUUCAAACAUUUUCAAACUUUGAUUUGCUGUGCAUUUUGAAAACACUCAUUAAGUCACCGAUAUACACAUUUCUCUAGUGAAAUGAAAAUGAUAGAAAAGCUAUCUUUUGUUCUCACCAAAUAUUAUUUGAAAUCUGUUUCACAUCUCCUUUAAACACAAUCUCACAUUGAUUUUUUUCCGAGAUCUUUUAAAUUUUGUUGGACUCUUCUUACACUGACACUGUACCAUAUGAACUCAAAUCGUCCAAAUUUCUGUGAUCCGCCGUGUGUAUUAUGUGCUACGAUUCUGGUGCGAGUUUCGUUGAUUUUAAGCUAAAGCAGCUUUGAUAUAUUUUUAUUUUUGCUAUUUUUUUUCUUCCGCUCGGAUACUAAAGAAUGCCAUCGAUUGUACUGUGUGACAUAGGAUUAUUACAGAGAAUGGAAGAUGCAUUACUGUGUUGUAAAGAAAGUUUAUACAUGUAUAUCAUUGAAUAUUGAUUUAUAUUGCAUAUUUUAUGUUCUGUAUUCUUGUUAUUUUACCAAAUACUGUUCGUUAUGUUAAAGCAGACUGUAAGAGUUUUAUCUAAAAUUCAUUAAUAUCAGUGGCAUGAAUGUUCUUUGUUGUUGCAUUUAGAGCGAAAAAAGAAAAAUGGAAUAGGUUUACUAAUAAUUUUAUUUCUAUUACUCAGUUGGAAAAGAUAGGGAUGAAUCAUUGAUUUUUACACUGGGAUUUUAGGAUAAUGUAUUCAAUGGGGAUGUAGCAAAACUAGCAACAUGAUUUGCAAGGCUAUGAUCAUGAUACACAUUACAACUACAUGAACCAGAAUUUUGGAAAUUUCCCUUAAGCAAAUAGAUGAAGAUCAUGUCUUUUCAUGACAGUAUCUGAAUGGUCCAUUAUACCUUUCAAUGUUAGGACAAUACGAAUAUAGCUUUAUAUCCCCUAAUACCCAUCCCUUUAUCAGAUAUUUGUUUUCAACCCAAAACUAAAUAUUCUGUUCUUCAUUUAUAAUAUUUAGGAUGGACUAUGAUCUUUUAUUAAAAUCCUUGAACUAUUUACAUUCUGAUGAAUACAUAAGGUUUAAAGUUACAGCCAAACCUGUCUAUAAAGGCCACCCAAGGAAAAUCAGAAAACUGGCCACUGCAUGUAGGUGACCACUAUAGACAGGUGGGCUUUAGAGAAAGAUGACCACUAAGACAGGUUUGACUGUAAUUCUAAAACCAACACUGUGUGCAAAGAUGAUGUAUCUAUCUAUUCAUGUACAUUGUAUAUUUUUAUUGAUGACAAAUUCAUUCCAAUCUCUAUCGAGAUCAAUUUUAAGGCAUGAUGAUUCUGUAUUUGAAACAUACAUGUAGUUCUUACUCCCCGAUUUAAAAGUUAUUCAGGAGUAUAUUGUACAAUAAAUAUACAGGUAUUAUUUGGGGGCUUGCUCUGCAAUAUGAUAGUAAAAUUUACAAAAUGCUUGAAUUAGGGCAUGGAAUCUGUGAAUGCGAAUUCGCUUGUUUAUUUAAGCAUAAAUGUGUUGCAGUUAUGUAUGCGUCUAUUAUAGGGGAAACUUAAACUAACUAUAUACAAAUAUAUACCUUUUGUGUGAAUGCCAUUUAUUAAUCACGGUGCAAAUUUACGUUGAACAGCAAUUUUUAAAUCUAAAGCCAGUUCUUGUAUUCUCCUUUGCAUUGAUUCAGACAAUGCUGUGUAUUAUACAUGUAUAAUCAAAUAAUUAUUAAAUCACUAUAUAAUUAUGCAUUUUAUAAUCCUUUUGAUCUUAUGAAUAUUCAAUUAGACUGAGCAGUUUUUAAAAAUUAGAGAAAUUUGAUUGUAGAUAUCUUGUAGAUUUUCAUGUAUGUAAAAAAAUGACAGAGGCAAGAACUUAUAAAAUUGACAAAAAAAUUGACGACAGAUAAGAGAUUAUGUUUAAGAAUAUUCCCCAAUGUGUGUGCGUGUGUUUAGUCAAAAGUAAAAAUGCCAAUAAUGUAGGCAAACUCCUUGUAAGAUAUGAGCUAGUCGAAUCAUGACAAAAAUCUUCUUUUCUUAAAAAAAAAAA